ACGGCGGCAUGGCCCAACGGGAAUCGAUUGGGAUGUAGAGAAUAGAUAAAAUAUGAAGCGCUUGGUGCUGCCGUAGUAGGUCCCAACGCCAUUAGGAUGUGCAUUGUUGUCACAAGGCCAGUCACGGGCACUCAAUCAUCCCACCAAGCCGAUGUCAUGCGUGCGUGUGCGUCCGCGGAAAGCGCCAAGUGAACAUAUGGAAAAAAAGGGAUAGAUUCCAGCACGUGACAACGGAGUUGGCGCGCACGCUGCAAUCCCGCGCGCUUGUGUGUGCAUUUCCUGGGGUUGAAACACUUUGCUGCUGUCGCCCCAUGGUCGGGAAAUUGCUCGAGCAGAGAGAUUUUUGCUGCCCAUCAUAUGUCACGGAAGCGACGUUUUGUGGCAAGCGUCAAAAUCGAUCAUAUCAAUUAUGAAGUGCCGACUCAUCUCAUUCCCGGGGUUUUCACCGCUCGCCCGACUGAUUGGCAAUCGACAGAUCAAUCGAUUGUGCGUGCUGAUUGGGCCGAAUGGGAAAAUGAUUCAUCACCGACGGUAACCGUUUCCGGGUUGGCAGUUUAGAAAGCAGAAGAAGCAAAAGCCCCCUUACGAAAGGAUUCUGUCGAAAAGACCCCUUCUCGGCGCCGAGAUUCGUUCCAGUCGCAAGGACAACACACAGGCAGCACUGCAAGUUAAUUGUAAAUGCGUUUGAAAAGGCAUGUUUCGUGUGUUGUACUUUUGAUUGCAAUCAGUGUCCUGGAGUGGAAAAGAGUUUUAAUCUUCCAAAAAGGGACAUGACAAUAAGUGUUACCGAUACGCUUGAUUCAUGCUAUGUUGUUGGCUUUUACAUUUGCAUUCAUCAAACCUUGUACGUGGGGAAAGCUCAGAACCAAACAAGGUUGAGUUUAAUUCCCUCAACAAGAACGAUUAACUGCAUCGGAGAAGCAGCAGUAGCAAAAAAAAAGGUAACACCCCAAAGGCGCCUCUUUUAUCUUCUGUUUGCACCACUUCAAUUAAUUGGUGGAACGGAAAAGCAUACGAAUGUUGGACAUGGUUUGUGGUGUAUGCUGCGCGCCACUACCUUCAAUUAAUCUACUUCCGCCGCGGACACAGCUCUGUAUCCCCCCUUCUAGAGUGAAUGAUAAUUUACAUGUUGAUUUUCGUGCUUUCGUUUGCCACAGCUCUCUUCAAUUAAUGAUGCGUCCAGCUGGGACGUUCCCAAAGGAGGCGGUGAAAGUAAUUAAUGAUUAAGUUUUUUUUUUUAUCGAAAUUCAUGGACUGUGUGAGUUGAUAAAUUGAUUCCAGCGAAGUUUUUUUUGUAGUGAUGACUUGAAAAUGUUCCAGGCUUUUCUCCACCUUAGAAGACCUCUCAGCAACGUUCCGGAGACUAAGGAAUGAUGCGCUAGAUUAGGGAUUGAUUUCUACUGUUUCUUAAUCCAAGUUGGUGCAUGUCUCAGCAUAUCAUGCCCAGUGACAGCAACGGCGUGUUAUUUUCGCACACAGAGCACUUUCCCAUACCCAGCCGGACGACGCCUCGUGUGACCAACGUUCCUGUCAUAUUCCCGUGCGACCACCGGUGUAAACUGGAUCAUCAUCAAUCGGUUCUGAGCCAAAUAAUUGCAGCGCAAUUGCAGGGCAUGUGCGCGCAUCCUGUGUCCCUUCAAUCUGUAUGCGCCUUAACCUUCCGUUUCACACGUCCGGUGUAAACAGACAAAAAAAAUCGGGACCGAUAAGCCACCAAGAAUUUUUCCCACCGGAAAAGUUUUCCUAUGGGAACACGCGCUAACUGGGAUUUUCUCGUGCGAACCAAUCCCGCCGUCACUCGAUGUUUACGGAAAUGUAAAGAAGAAGGUCGAAGAAUCGCGCAAAAAGGGGGUGACCGCUGUCUCUGUGUCCCGCAGUCCCGGAGGUGUGAGAGUGAGUUUAGUGUGAUCGAAGAAAUGGCUCACUUCCGCGUCGUUGUGUUGUGUGUGUGUGUGUGUGUGUGCAUACAUUAGAACAAGUGAGAACGCGUGUAGAAGUCAUCCAAGCAACCGUAGAAGCGCCAACGGGCCUCCCCACCCCUUUUACACACUCUUACGUGUGAAGUGGUUUGAGCGUUUUUUUCGGGAAAAGUAAACACCAAGAGCGAUAAUUCGAGCCGUAAAUGGGCGUGUGUGUGUGUGCGCGAUAGAGAAUGAUUACAGCCGAGUUUAUUGUGGUUGAUCGCGUGUGUGAGAAAAAAAAGGAAUUCGGCUUGAGUGAUCCAGUGACGCAGCAGAACAAGUAGUCGCGGCGGUGGCGUCGGGGCCGAACCACUUGGAGGGCGUGUAAUCAUCCGUCGGGGGAUUGGGUCUGUGUGUGUGUGUGUUAAUAUCACUUUCAUUCUUGCUUUUUACACACACGCGUGGCUAUCCCCCCCGCGGACGAUAUGGCGCCCUCAGAGCCACACGCAAUCAGCGGGCGAGCCCUCGGAAAAGCGUGAGUGAGCGAGCGAGCGAGCGAGUUGUUGGAGUUUGGUGUGAUUGUGGUUUGGUGAAUUGUAAGUGAAGAUCGCGCAAAGAACAACAAGUGCCUACUACGAAAAAGGGAAGUCGCCGCCACCGACGGAUCGUUCACGUGGGAUUCAUUCGCCGUUCCCGGUAAAGUUCUUGCAAAUUACACAAAAUUCUAUUCCCUAUACCACUACCCAACUACCGCUUGAAUGAAUGAUUCCCCUCCGAAAUGAACCGGUCCCGGAUGAACGAGCGAUGAACCCAUCUGGAAAAGCGCGCAAUAAGGAUAGCUUUAUACCGUAGCGCACCGUGCGAGAGCAGGAUGCGUACGUUUCGGGCUCCGGUCGGCCGACCAGAUUCGUCGGUCGCUUCGCAAUGCCGACGCACACGGAGGCUCGUCACUUGGCCCGCGGACGCUGGAGCGCUUUGCGUACAAACUGGUACAACGCCAACCCGUCGGACAACGCUUGAAACCAUCGUCGAGCAUGCAUGCAGGUGUAUGUUGUGCUGCGUACUGUGUUGGUGGUGAUAUCGUACAACGCGCGUCCUUUUCCCAGUUGAAGGAUUGCGUGCGGGAUUGAUUGUGCAUUCUUCCACUAACGAGUGUUGUGUUGAAUCGACUGCAAAAAAAGAAGAAGCGAUAGUACACGUGGAAGGGAAAUUGUGCUUUAAUCGAUCAUUAGUGUGUAACGUACGAGUCGUGUGGACGACGACAAAGCGCACAAACAUUCGUGCUGUGGCUGGUGAAGUGUUGUGUCCUGUAAAAGUGAAGAGGGAAAGAGAGAGAGCGAGACAGAGCAAUGCGUGUAUUGGCGUCAGUUCGCCAACGGAAAAUGGAAGUGAAAUUAAAUUUGUCUCAUUAAGGGCUGAUUGGAUUUUUUAGCGCACUAUAAGAGCAGUGGCGUGGGUGGGUGUAUUGGUGUCUCAGUGUGUGUGUGUGUGUGGCUGUGUGCUGUGGGGUGUGUAAAUACCGACCGAAAGUGUCCAUUUAUGCCAUCUCCCGGGUGGUGGUGCCAUAUGCUGUCGCUCAAAGUGCCGUGUUUUGCUAUUUAAUUCCAUUCGACGUGAAUAGCUUCUGUUCUAGCAGCAACAGAAGAGCCAUUUGGUGCGCGAGAACGAGUGUGUGUCUAACGAUCGGGGAGUCGGGAAUCGAAAUCAAAUCAAAUACGAUCGAUCAAAAAAGAAAAGAUAAACGAAACGAGUGGUCUGUAGUAUCGUGAGAAGAAAGAAGUCUCGCCAAGAAAAGUCCCAGGCGCACUGGGGAAAUUGAAUUGAACGUCCGCAACGCCUCACGCCGCGGAGAACGACGAUGACCAUGUCGCAUCUACUGAAGCAAACGAAAAAAUGCUGCGCGAAGAUUAUUCGCAAACUGUCCUUCAAUCCGGUCUCGGCGACGAACGGCAGCAGCGGUGGGACCGACCAGUCACCGACCAACAAUGGUCACGGGUUGAACAAUCGCAUCACGACGGCCAAGUACGUGCUGCACAAGAACUGCACGCCGACCCGGUGCAAGGUGCAGCCGCGGGACGGAACCGUCCUGGACGAUGGCGCCGUCGAGGGCUGGAUGGCCGCGGAAACGCGCAUGGCCCCGGACGCGCACGGUGCGUUCUAUCCGCUCGGGGAGGAACGGUCCUCCUCGAACCCAUCGCCACCGCCCAUCCCCGAGACGCAGAACAACUACAAGCUGAGCCGAAGCAUGAAGAACCUGCCGAAGAAGCGCACCAACAUCACCGCCAACAAGAACGUGAACCUGCGCAAAUGCUUCCGACUGCGCUCCAAGACGUUUGACGGACCGUUGGCCCUGGAGGGUGGCGAUGGCGGUGGGCGGACAAUGCAGGAAAGUACGCUCGGAAGCACGCCCUCGAUCGUGGAAGGCGGAAACCACCAUCGCAGUGAAGGCGUUGGAGGCGAACGGCGCGAAACGGUGACGGCGGCUGACUCGAUGACACUGGCGAGCAACAACAGCAGCAGUCGACUGAUCGGAGCGAAGUUGGACAAGAUCAGCAAGAGUCUGAUGCGGUCCGGGGAUGGGGAGGGUGGUACGCUCGACAUUGCCAAGCCACUGUUCCUGUCCGCGAGCAAACAUCGGCGCAGCAACUACAACCAUAUCGAGGGAUGCGAUGACGACGAUAUGGUGAUAAGAGGCAACGAUGCCAACGGGCACUGGAGGCAAGAGGAAGAGCUGGUACUGACGUCCGCCACGGGGCCAUCCGCUCUCGGCAGGAGAGAGACCCGCUUGGAGCAGGAAACGACCCUCUCGACGAUGGUGGAGGAGCAAGACCGGGCGGCGACGGCGGCCGAACAGACGCCGUCGGUGAUGGAGCGGCUGACGGUGGCGGAGACGGCGGCGGCACUGCUCUUCGAGAAGGUCAAGUACGACCGCACCAAGCGCUACCUGAUCGACCAGCUGACGGACGGUGGAGGGGGAGGAGAGCACGGUGCCGCCAGCAGCCCGCCGAGCGCUUCGUCCUGCUGCCCGUCCCCGUUCCAUCUGGCGAAGAGUGAGGACUUUGUCGAUCCGUGGAAGAACUACAACAUCCGGCCGAGUGGGACGGGCUGGGACAAGGUGUCCAAAAGCCCGUGGGACUCGUCCGCCAAGCCGAGCCCGGUGCGCGGCGAACUCAGCAAAGCACCGCUGACGCACACGUUCGUGGAGAUCCCGCACCAGCAACAGCAGCACCAGUCACAGCAGCAAACCUCCCUACCGUCCUACCAGCCGAUGCGCACCCACUGGAACCCGUUCGAGUACUCGCCGGCACAUCUCGCCCGGCUUGCCGCGGCCGGAGUCAACGUCCAGUCGACGCCUCCGCCACAUCAGCCGCAGCAGCAGCAGCAGCAGCAAUACCGGCCAGCGUUCCAGGUGCAGACGGACGUCUGGGAGAACCUGAACAGCAAGCACUACGAGAUCGACACGGACGUGGUGUGGCGGUCGACCCGCUGCUCCUCCCGCCGUACCAGUGCCAGCACGGUCGAGACGUGGAUCGACGACGAAACGUUCGACAACUCCUUCAACGAGGAGCUGGAGCGGCGCUGUGCUACGCUGAAGAUUUGCGAGUGAGGUGCGAGUGCGUCGCGAAACAACCGUCGGGAUCCGUCCACCAGAGGCAUAUAUUAGAGGGUUCCGAGGGAGACAGAGAGAGAGAGAGAGAGAGAGAGAGAGAGAGAGAAGAAGAGCGAGAGUGGUCACUCCUUCUCUUCCAUUUUGUGCAAUUUUACAGGGUUUUCCAGGAGUUCUCAGCAUCCUUGUUGGACAAAUCCAAUAGGAAUUUCCAAGGAGCCUGUCCAAAACAGAUUACCAUAGAGUCCAAUAUGGAUCAUAUGAAGUUCACUUCCCAUUAGAAAGAGUCAAGGAAGUGUCCCACAACUAUGAGAACCCCUGGAAAACACUGUAGUGUGUGUGUGUGUGGAAGAUCUUUUGAAGUGAAUGUGGCUAACAUCUCGCAACUGUCUCUCUCUCUGUAUUUAUGUCACAAUGCGGCAAUAUUAAAUAUCUCCGGAGGACAAGCCGAGUCAAGGGUGGUUGUCACUGGCAAGUGUAAAGUGGGUGCAGUUGGUGCCAUUAGUGGGGAACCUUAAACGUAAACUAGCUAAAUGGGAGGAGGAACGAAGGAUUUCUUUUUUACACAUGAUUUUCUUUUGUGAUAUAUCGUAGUACCAGUAUGCGUGUGUUUUUUUUAGUAAUUUUUUGUUAAAUUGGUUUAGAAUUCCUGCUUUAAUUAACUCUUACCAGUGUGGCGUUGUUAAGUGCUUAGCUUUUAAGGAGUCGAGGGGUUUAAUCAAAUAGCAUCUGUAAGAAUGAUACCAGCAUA